AUGCAGCCGCAGAGUCUUGUAGGUGUAUACAGUUACAGGACCGUGUACCUUUCUAAGGGCGCAGGGAUAUGUCGGCUCCUGGAAUCUACUACGCGGGGCACCGAUUUCUCUCAGAUAACAUCAGCUGCCGACAACAUCUUCUCUAUCGAAGAAAUGCCAAAAUUACUUGCCAUAUUCUGGGAACGGUGGUACCCACACUGCCCAAUCGUUCACCGCUCGUCCUUCAACAUCGCCUUUGCUCACCCUCUCCUAGUAAUGGCUAUGGUUCUGUUGGGAGCAGUCAUGUCACCAUUUAUACAGCAUAGAGAACAAGGGAGACUUUUGCUCGAUAGUGCGGAGAAUGCUAUCUUCAGUUCCAAGAUCUUUGAUUGUGAUGGAUAUACGAAUGUCGACGAGGUCCAUAAUUCAGGGGCCGUCGCCACUUUCCAAGCCGCAUAUUUUAUCUGCAUUAUGCAGAAAUGGGAAGGCAACGAAGUUGCUAAACAAAGGAUUAGGCGCUAUAGGUUUACUGCCCUGGUAUCGGCCGUUAGAUCUCUUGGUAUCCCUCAUGCUACCCAUAAGCACGACUUGUCAAUAGAAGACCCGGAUGAUGUCAGAUGGAAGAAAUUCAUUCGUCGUGAAGAACUAAUCAGAAUCGUGUCAUACGUGUUCCUCCUCGACUGUGGUUUUUUGACAUUCCAUAACUGUGUCCCUAGAAUGGCGCUUCAAGAAAUGACAAAUGAGCUGCCAUGUCUAGAGGUCUACUUCCAAGCUGGUUCUGCAUCGGAAUUCUUCGAAUUGACACGCCUUGGAUCUCUUUCGCCGCGCAUGCUCACCUUAGUUGACGCAUUACGCAUUCUAACAACUACCCCUGAUGGCAUGUUUAACUACGAGGCCGUUCUGCCAGCGAGCUCUUUAAGCUUAUUCGUAGCUAUUAAUGGUAAAGUGAUCUCCGUCAAGAUAUGA